AUGAAUUUGGAUAAGAGCUGGACUAAAAUUACUCAAAAGUGUGAUCCAAGAUUCAUCAAUGGAGCAAAGGAUUUUGCAGAAAUGGGUAAAAAAUACAUUGGUAGUGAUGGACGGAUGCAUUGUCCAUGUAAGAAGUGUUUAAAUGCAAGAAGACAUGAUCCUGAAGUUGUGUGUCGUCAUAUAACUCAUAAUGGUUUUAAUACUACAUACGAUCCAUGGAUCUAUCAUGGUGAACACCUCCCUGGUUAUGAAUCAGACGAAACAGAUAGUGAGGGUGAACAAACUGAAAUUGCAUCAAGUGACGGUGAAAAAGACUUACUUGAUGACGCGUUUCCAACUGGUGGCGAAACCCAAGCAGAAACCUCUAACGAAGGUGCUGCAAAACACAAUAAUCCAAAUGUGGAAAAGUUAUUUGAUGAUAUGAAAAAGAAUCUUUACCCGGGGUGUGAGUUUUCGGUACUAGGCUUUUUACUUGAGCUGAUGAACGUGAAGGUAACAUGUAAAAUGACUAAUGUGGCAAUGGAUAUGAUUUUGAGUUUAUUGAAACGAGCUUUCAAGGAUGCAAACUUGCCGAAAAACCAUUAUGAGGCAAAAAAUUAUUUACGUACUCUUGGACUAGGAUACCAAUCUAUCCAUGCUUGUAAAUAUAAUUGUGCAUUAUUUUGGGGUGAAAAUGUGGAAUUACAAAGCUGUCCACGUUGUAAUACUAGUCGUUAUGAAGAAAAGAGUAAUGGGAAGAAGAAACCGGUUAAAGUCUUGCGUUAUUUUCCCAUCACAAGUAGACUUCAACGUUUAUAUGCGUCAGGGCACACUGCUAAAGAUAUGUUACGGCACGAUCAAGGCAGAAUUAAAGAGGAGGGGGUUCUUAGGCAUCCAGCAGACGGAAAGGCAUGGAAACACUUUGAUACAAUGUUUCCUGAUUUUGCAAAUGAUCCUAGAAAUGUCCGCCUGGGGCUUGCAAGUGAUGGUUUCAAUCCUUUCGGGGCAAUGAGUCUUUCAUAUAGUAUGUGGCCUGUUGUGCUCAUGCCAUACAAUAUGCCUCCUUGGAAGUCUAUGGUAGAUGCUUCAUUUAUGUUGACAUUGUUAAUUCCUGGACGUGAUUCACCGGGAAAUGAUAUUGAUGUAUUUUUGCGUCCACUCAUCGAUGAGUUGAAACUUUUAUGGGCUAAGGGUGUUCAAACAUAUGAUUGUGAAUCAAAACAGACAUUCAACAUGCGUGCCGCACUUCUAUGGACAAUUAAUGAUUUUCCUGCUUAUGGAUACCUAUCUGGAUGGACCACCAGUGGAUACAUGGCAUGUCCAACAUGUAAUGAAGAUGCUUGCAGUAUAGGUAUACGAGAUAAAAUAGCAUAUGUGGGUCAUAGACGAUUUCUCCUGGAUGAUCACUCUUGGAGGAAUUCACGAGAUUUCAAUGGGAAGAGGGAGACCAGGCUUGCACCUAAUCAUAUCAGCGGAGAUGAUUGCUUACGACAGUUGGAACUUAUCACAUUACCUCAACAUGGUAAACAUCCGGAUCAUGUAAGAAAAAGAAAAAGGAACCCAGACGAUCUAAAUUGGUCAAAGAAAAGUAUCUUCUUCGAACUUCCUUAUUGGCCCAAGUUGCUAAUCCGUCACAACAUUGACGUUAUGCAUGUUGAAAAAAAUGUGUGUGAGAACGUGUUAGGAACCCUAUUAAACAUAGAAGGAAAGACGAAGGACACAGACAAAGCUCGAAAGGAUUUGGAAGAUAUGAACAUACGUAAAGAGCUUCAUUUAGUGAGGAAUAAGGAUCGCCUGCUUAAACCACACGCUUCGUAUGUUUUAACUCGAGAGGAGAGAAAACAAUUCUGCAAUCUACUCAAAUCGGUGCGUUUUCCUGAUGGAUUUGCGGGAAAUUUAGAAAAAAAUGUGAUUGCUGACCAAGGAAAGAUACAUGGGCUUAAAUCACAUGAUUGCCACAUCUUACUACAACGCAUAAUUCCUAUUGCAAUUCGUCCUUUUAUGACCAAACAGAUUCGCGAUGCACUGACGGAGUUGUCUCGGUUCUUUAAGAAACUUACAGAAGCGACAUUAUACGUGUCGGAGUUGGAAGCUUUGCAGAAAGAGAUAGUUAUCAUUUUAUGCAAGCUUGAAAGAAUAUUUCCUCCGUCUUUUUUUACAAUUAUGGUGCACUUGUGUGUGCAUCUUCCUCAAGAGGAAAUUUUUGGAGGACCUGUGCAAUCAAGGUGGAUGUAUCCAAUCGAAAGAUACCUUGGCCAUUUGAAAAAAUAUGUUAGAAAUAAAGCUAAACCUGAAGGGUCGAUAGCAGAAGGUUAUGUUAUUGAAGAAGCUAUGACAUUUUGUUCACAUUAUUUAGGUGGUGUCGAAUCAAAGUUUGACAAACGUGGUCGGAAUGAUGACAAAGCACAUAACGAUGAAAAAAGCUUUGCCUUGGAUAUUUUUAGAUUAAAUGGUCGAGGUGUUGGGAAAAAAGAAGUUCGUAUCCUUCCCAGUGCUCUUAUGAAAAAAGCUAUAUGGUUUGUCUACAACAAUUGUGAACAAAUUCAGCCGUAUUUGGAAGAACACUUACAUUCAUUGCAAAGUCAACACCCCGAGUUGUCAGAUUUUACCGAUAUGCAACAAGCAACAUUUCAGGAUUGGUUUGCAAAACGGGUUUCCAAGAUGUAUACCCAUGAUCCAUCUCAAAUUAAUGAGGAGUUAUAUGCAGUGUCUUGCCUUCCAGAUAAUCGAGUUUUAUCGUACAAGGGAUACAUAGUGAACGGAGUUAAAUAUAUAGUAAAGUCAACAGAUGACUGCAGACGAACACAAAAUUGUGGAGUUACUGUCCAGGGUGUUCAGAAUGAUGUUGAAGAUGACUAUUAUGGAUAUCUUGAUGAGGUAAUUGAAUUGUCUUUCAUAAAAGAUUAUCAUGUUAUAUUAUUUAAAUGCACAUGGUUUGACACUGAUCGUAAAAGAAAGCAUGUGGUAUUUGAGCCUUAUUUCAUAAGUAUAAACACGUCCCGACAUGUUUAUAAGGAAGAUCCUUUCAUUUUCGCAAAUCAAGCCAAACAAGUAUUUUAUAUCAAUGAUCCACUUAAACCACAUUCACAAUGGAAAGUGAUUGAAAGGAUUAGCCACAGACACUUAUGGGAUAUUCCAGAAGAAAAUAAUGCAGAUAAUUUGUUAGAAGAUGUCAAUCUUCUUCGUGAAGAUAUUGCAGAAGAGUUGGUAGAAAAUGUUGAUUUUGGGCGUUCUCAUGAUACUAUAAAUGAUUUUAUCAACGAUGAGAUAAAUGAUUCUGAUCAAGAUAUGGAAGAAUUUGAUUCAGAUUCAAAUCUAGAUGAUUUAGAUAAUAAUAUCUCGAAUAUUGAGAUUGAAAUAGCUGAGUCAGACGGUGAUGAAUAG